AUGCAGUGGGGGUUAUCGUUGAGGGAGAGGGGCGACACGACUACGCUGCGGCAGCCGAGGGAGUUGGGGUGUUACUCGAGAACUGCCAGUGACGAGGUCUACGUCAACGACGACCGGAACCUGAGCUACUACUACUUCCCGGAUGAGCUGGUGGGCCGGCAAUUCAAUCUAUCGCAUGGGUUUGAGCGGUUCCAGGACCGCAACAGGACAAUCAGGGAUACGUGCUCGCUACGCGGGCUGCUCGGUGUCAUACAAGACGUGGAGGAGAAGAGAGGGAAACGACUCUCCGCAGAUAUCGUCACCUUCCGCGGGAUCAUACGCAAAGUGAUAUCUGCUGCCAUUGAACCUCCACGACGCAACGAUAGACCAUUGGAAUUGCAAGUGCUCGUCUUCGAUGGACAGGUGUUUAUCAAGGAUGUGGCAUAUCCGGAACGAGAUUCCGUGACUGUGCCCAGCUUCACUGGGUACAAGUUCGAGACGUUGACGACGAUACCGCGGCCGCUGCCCUACAUGGACAGGGAAGCGGUCGAGAGCAGGUUUGAGAAAACAGUGGGAAACGGUGACGAGUACGCCAUUGCGGUCACCACUGGGAUCGGCGCUUGCAAGAUGGUGCUCGGUGCUGAGGUCGACGGUGUGUUCGACUUCAAAGAGCACAGUGACGGCGACGCGGACGGCCCUGUACGAGCAGUCGACAACUUACAACACUACCUCGAGUUGAAGUGCACGAUGGACAUUCGGAACGAGGCGGACGCUGCUGCCUUCGAGGGCAAGAUGUUCCGUACCUGGCUGCAGUGCUUCCUCGUCGGCGUGCCACGGAUCAUCUACGGGUUCCGCAACCGACAGUACCUGCUGCAGACCGUCGAGGAGUACACAACUGCUGACAUCCCGCAGAUGGUAGGCUCGCACAACCCGCAGUUGCACAGUGCGUUCAGGGACGCGAUAAGAUGGUACGGACGGUUUACAGAGUGGCUGUUGCAGGUGAUACCGCGAGGGGACCGCCAAGCAACGACCAGAGCGUACCGGUUGGUCUCAGAUCCGCGGGUCUCCGGAAAGUUGCAACUUAUAGAAGUGCCCUCUGGGAGCGAUGAGUAUACAGAGAUGGUAAACAACGAGGAGUUCUUGAACAGCGGGUUCAAAGAGUGGCGGCGGUCACUUUGGUGA